GAAACGGUAGAUAUUGUUUGCAACUAACAUAUGCCUAAACCUUUGUUCAAACAGAACUGGAAAAACCUGUUCUUUGUCUGCAGCAUGUAGAGUGGGUGAGCCAGUGACUCCUAUUACAUCACAGUGUAAUCCUGUCUGUGUCCUGUAGUGGGAAUCAGCAGCCUUUAUUGCUUUGUUUUGGCAGUUACAUAGUAGGAGCUGUUGUCAGGUCGGCUUUUCAGCAAACUCAAAUAGAGCACGCUAGAAAAAAAUGCUAUGUUAAUAGGGAAACAGAAACCCUAUUGUAGAAACACUAUUUUGGUGCCUGCUUGAUAUAGCUAUAUUUUCUCUACCUGAUUUCAAAUGGCAGUAUCAAUUGCACUGUAGAAGCUGACAUCGCAACUAGCUAAAAGAAGAGAAGCAGCUGGAUCAGUAUUCUAAGAGCAGAUAUGGGUCUUCUGUGUCAGAGGUGCUUGGAGCUCUUGCAAGAUAUUGUAAGCUUUGCCAAGAGACUCUCCUCCAGAAUAGUGGAGCAGAUCAAGGAGUGUAUAAUGCUUGUACGUGAGUGCUGCUGCAUGAAACCCAAAGGCUUCAAGGUCAGGCAAUUAUAUGAGCCUGUCAUUCAGAACCACGAGAAACAAGCUGCCCAGGAGUUCCUUAAUCACAUGGAAACGGGACUGGGGGAGAGACAGCUAAGCAAAGAAACACUGGAUGCCCUAAGGAUCUUGGCUUUUUCUGAAAAUGCCGAUCUACAACAAUCUGCAGCUCUCUAUUAUCUACAUAUGAGCCAGCACAUGACUGCCAAGCUGCCACCUGAAUUUUUGGAGCCAUAUCAAGCUUUGCUGCAGUCCAGUGAUUUAGAAGUUCAGCAGAUGUCUUCCUUGUCACUCGUGAACUUUUUGCUUGAGGGAUAUUUGAACAAAGAGCUUGUUGUACAGGUGGGACUACUGGAACCAGUUCUGGAACUACUGGAGUCAGGAGACUCUGCUGUUCAAUGUAAUUCAUGUGCUUGCAUUAUGAUGCUUGCAGUCUCUGAAUCCAACCGGGAGGCUAUAGGAACUGCUGGAGGAAUCAGGCCAUUGCUCACUUUAGCGAAGUCCUAUGAUCCUAGAGUGCAGCAAAACGCUGUUGGUGCUAUUUUGAACUUGACUCGAUCAGAAAAUAUCAAGAAUAUUCUUUGCAGUCAGGGAGCCCUGCCAGUGCUGACUCUUCUUCUGCAGUCUGCUGACUCUGAUAUCCAGUUCUACAGCUGUGCCUCCUUGAGUAACAUUGCUACAAACACAGACCACCAUAAAGAUAUGCUGGAAAUUGGUGACAAAUUUCUUCUCCGAAUGCUUGUCUCUCUGAUGUCUUCAUCUGUUCAAAAGGUAUCAAGCCAAGCAUGCCUUUGUUUGAAUAACCUAGCUUCAAAUGCUGAAGUUCGUGAUCAUCUUCAGACCCUGGAUGUUAUACCUCUGCUACUAAGCUUGCUUAUCGCAAACAGUAAAGAUGUCCGACAGGCUUCUAUUACACUUCUCUGCACUAUGACCCAUCCUCCAGCAAACAUGGAUGCUGUGUUGUGUAAGGAACUGCUUACUCAUCUAGUAGUGCUGAUGCAGACAGAGAGGACAAAUCCAGUGGUUGUGGUUCAUGCUGCCUGCACUAUACAGAAUUUAAGCCAGUCCGAGAACAUAGAGGUGAUCAUACAGAGCCAGUGCUUUGACGAAUUGCUUCAAGCUCUACUUAAUCCUAACAAUGAAGAAGAACCCUUACAGUUUGUGGCAUCAUGUCUUGCAGAGCUGACUAAAUAUGACAUCACAAGGGAGUAUCUGAUUCAAAGGAAGGACAAAGGACUGAUUAGAUGCCUGGUGAAACUGGCAGGACAAGUGGAGCACAAAGAACUCUCCUUCCAUGCAGCCUUUGUUAUAAAGCAACUUUCACAUUCUGAAAAAAUAUCAUCUGAGUUGAAACUUCUCAUAAAAGAUGUUCAGCACUACCUCAUGUGUUUCCUUGGUCAUCCAGAACUACGAUUUCAGCAGCUCAGUAUUUCCACACUUUGCACUUUGAGUGAAGACCCUGAGUUCUCCAAAGCGAUCAGUCAAAGUCGGCUAAAGGAGCAGCUUGAGCAACUCCGGCAGCAGACAGAAGACACACAGGCACUACUAAGACUGGCAAUCAGUCAAACAGAAUCUGUAGACUCCACUGAAUGAUAAGGCAGAAUUUCGCACACCAAGUUUACAAUGUUUUGGCUUGUGGGCUGGACAUAAAUUUGCCCCACUAACUGUUGCUUGUAGUAUUGUACUUGUACUUUUUGUGUUUAACAUACCUCCCAAAAUGUUUUUUAUAAAAAGGGACAAUUUAGGCCAUGCACUUUGAUCCAGCUAAAACUGUAUUCAUAAUAUGGAACUGCCUGGCAGAAACUCUACGGAUAAUAAUAUAGGAAGGCCAGUAUUUUUUUCUACAAAAGGUGUCAACCCUGAGUACACAUGGGCAAACUUUAGACAAUUUAUUAUGUUGCAUUGCAGAUUAAGAAUUUCUAGGUUUGUCAACUGCCUGAGGAAGAUGCUGGGCCUGAAGUUAUAUUUAUUAGAAGCCAAAUAUUCAGGAAUUGGCUCUGUUUUACUAGCAUAUGGUGAGAUUGCAGCAUAGUUUCAUUGCUCUGUCAGAAAACAGAGGCCUAAAUAUAUCUAAUCAUUCAUAGGAGUUUGUAAUAAUGACCAAAGCGGAAGAAGAGCUAAGACUUGUGCUUGCAAACAGAAUUGAGGUUUCUUGGAAUACAGAAAAAGCCAGUGUGUAUUAUUGGGAUGCAAGAGUCCAGAGCAAGACAAAGAAAUGUCUAAACAGUUGCCACAGGCCAGAAAUUUGAAGCCAAACACAACACACUGACCGCACAGCACAAUGGCGCUGGCAUCUCUGUGCCAGUGCAUCCCAGUGAUGUCAUUACCCACACCAGACCAGUGCAACUUUAUGCUCUUUUAAUUUGUUCCUGCUGGAAGUUGUAGUUCAGUUACAAUUUUGUAAGUGGUCUGUUGUGAGCUCUUGAUUUAACAAACAGAAAACAUUUGUAGUGAUCUGAAAAGUGUUGUUACCUUUGUUUUUUUGCUGAUUAAUAUUGGGGGGACUACAGGGGGGAUUCCAAAAAGCCCUAAUUCCAAUUUUAAAAUGUUUUAUUACUGUUGCCUUUAUUUAUUUUAUUACCAGCUGUGGCCAAUGUUGGAUCACCUUGAAGCCUGUGUUUGUUAAUUCUGUAUGACUUCAGCUUUGUUUUAUAAUAUAACUGUUGAUCCUUGAUACAGGAUGUGUGAUCUAGUUAGCUAAAAAUAAAUAAAUGGUAAAUUAAA